AAAAAGCUAGCGAGAGUUGUUAGAAAUUGCUAACGACGGUGCUCCCCAUUGGCUAUAAUAAGAGAGGAAGAAAUUUUCAGAUUAGGCCGGUGUGUGUGGCUGCUAUUCAUAUACAAGUGAAAGCGAUAUAUAUUUAUAUAGUUGGUGCUACUAGCUCCGCACCUCAAAAUCAAAACCGAGGUUGCCUGCCUAGCUCCGACUACUGGAACUGAUCAUCUUCUUCGUCGGGUCGGCGCCGCGCGCGUGGAUAACAAUGAUGGAGACGGAGGAGGAGCAGCAGCAGCGCUCUACGCGGCGUUGGCAACGGCUCCAGCGAGCGGCCUCCGUGGAGGAGCUGGUGGUGCCUGCGGGUGCAGACGCAGCAGCAGGCGGCGGUGACGACGACGACCUUGAGGUGACAAGGGAUCCUACGGUGGUCAGGGGCUGGCGACGGUUGAAGGCCGUGUCCAUGGUGGUCUUCAGCGGCGGCGCCCGACCCAACACCACCACCACCACCACCACGACGACGGAAAUGGAGCCGCUGUAUCCAGCCCAUGAGCCUCGAAGUGACACAGAUAUCAGGUUGAGAAGCCCCCAGCGGAAGGCACGUGAGGUAGAAGAAGCCAGCGUGGUACUCAAGAGUCCACACCGAAAGACCGCUGUUGCAGCUCAGGUACAACAGCCCUCGCUACCUCCGCAACAGCCUGACGAGGUCGGAACCAAAAAUUCAGCAGCGGAGGUUGUAAUGGACGUCAUAUCACCGAAAACCACUCAGGUGGGCGUUGUCCAUGGCAACCCAGUCGACGAUGACAAGGAACAGCGGGCGCGGUACCUCAAAUACUCGCAGAAGGCGCUCGGCUUCGCCGUCUGCACGUUUGUCGGGUACGCAAGCAACGCAUCGUCCACCGGAAGCGCGGCCUUCAAGAUGGCCGCCGCGCCCUUCUUCGUGGCCAUCAUCGCCGACCUCCUGACGCUGAAGACGAAGGCGAAGCACGGCUGCGCCCUGAUCUACCUGUCGUCGUUCCACCUGAUCCUCAUGACGUACCUCAUCUUCAUCGCGUUCGACAUGGCCCACGCCUACGCCGUCCUCUUCCUGCCGCUGGUCGCCUCCGCCUCCCACCUCCAGCAGAAGCUGUGGCCGCCGCCGCCGCGUGACGACGGGAGCGCCGACGACAGGAGCAAGGCCGUUAGCAAGGACCUGGACAGCAUCCUAGAGCUGUCCUCUCUGAUCCUCAACUGGAGCAGCUUCGUCAGCGCGAUCAUGACCGUGGUCAGGCACUUUCAUCACUGCUGCUGGCAAGGACAAUGACGAGAUCGCGCCCGAGGCUGUAGGGCUCCUGUUCUUCCUCACCAUCGUUCUCGGGAUCUAUCUCAUGCUGGCCACCACUGUGAGAGCUCCGGCGCUCAAUCUCCCUACCAAGUACCUCGACGUCCUGCUCAUCUGCCUUCUCCUCAGCACUCUUAUCGCCACCGUCAUGACGUUUAGUGGUGCAAAUUGGACGGGAAAGCAGUCCUCUACCGGCGGGUCAACCUAGGUGUCUUGCUGUUUCAGCGUGUUCAUAUAUGUUUCAUUCAAUAUUUACGCCUCUUAUUACUCACCUGCGAUGCAAAGAAAUGCUGUCUCGAUCCGUCUCCAGUCCAAAUAAUCGAACUUCCAGAGUCGUCUCGAGUCAAAGGCUUUUUAAGUUUAACUGAGUGGAUUUAUAUAUACAAAAAAAGAACCGAAUAUUUAUUACACACCAAAUAAAUAUAGACUACAGAACAUAUUUUUUA